AUGUCUACCGAAGGAGAUGGUUACCACCUCACCAUGAGCCAAGUCGCAUAUCUUCAAGGAAAGCUAACCGGGUAUCGCAGCAAGAAGAAUGCGGACAGGAGGAGGAAGUUCGUCAGCGAGGUAGUCUCAACUCUCAAGCAAGACUACACGGACCUCACCAACCAAGCAAUGUCUCGUCGUCAGGAGAAACGGCUGCGAGAGGUGGUUGAGCGCUGGUUCGAAAGGUACGUGUCGGGGUCGUGUGUCUUUCACAAAAAACCUUGGGCGGUCCGGUGGUACGCCCGACUUGUCCUCCAAUACGACCGUACACACACCAUAAUGUACAUCGCCAAAAUCCUAGCAUUGGGAAAACCAGAACAGCUGCCAGAUCUUCGCCAACUGUAUGAUGAUGAAGAGUUGGUCCUCCCUCAGGAGGACGCCCAGGUAGAGGAGUACGUGCCCGAUGCCAACGAGGACAAGGUGGACGAGGAGGAAGAAGAGGACAAUGACGACUCGCGAGGCAAGGGCUCCAGUACGCGUCAGGCUCGCGAGAAGGGAGGGGGUGUGUUCAGCUGGUACCAGCGCGCGACCAUGCGUCUUUGGAAUGUCCUCACCCAGAAGGAACAUGACAUGUAUGAUAGGAAAGCCCAGGAGUGGAGGGUCCAGGGCCCACCAUUGGAGGAGAGGCGCAGGGUGGCGGAGAAGUACCUUCGCUCCCAGUGUAGAGAUUUUGCUUUGGCGUGUUUCAACGACAUGAACGCACACCUAUUCCUUCUCCUGGGAUUUGAGAAGAUGGAUGGGACCGCAGUUUCUGUCGAGGCUGAUUUUAAUAGCUCGUUGGGGGCUUGUGACCAAGACUUUAUCCGCGCGCACGAGACGAGAAGCCGCUCCUCGCGCUGGAGUGUAAUGAGGAUGUUCAAUCAGUGGAUGGGUGAGGUUCUGCGCAGCUACUUCACGCGAUACAUCGUCAUCGCCCAUGGAAAGAAGCUUCCUCCGUGUACCAUCCCUCCCGAAUUUCCCCUUCGUGAAAGUGUCCCCUGGACCUGCAUGAAGAAGAUGUCGGUUCUGAGGCAGUGUAUCAAGGAGGAGUAUCUGCCGGACGACCUGGCCGAAGAGUGGGGAGACCCGGGGAAGAUGCGCGUACACGUCCAGAAGGCGUACCACUCAUUUUUCUACUCUCGCCAACAGGAUGACACGAUCGAAACGAAAUUCAAGUUCGAUUUCAUCCCUCGUCGACUGGUUAAGGGAUACGAGUUUGUCCCAUUCAAGGAACCGGACAGCGAUGCGGAAGAAGAAUACGCAAACUACACCGGGAUGUAG